AUGAAUUGGAAAUCCCCUAAUAAGAAGAUACAAAGGCUCUUUAUUACUCUUGUUCUGAUGAUGAUGAUGAUGCUUUUGUUGUUCGCUUCUUCAUCAUCUCCGAGUGCGAGAUUAUUCGUUUCGCCGAGCAAAAGUGGCGACGGUGCGAAGACUUCCUCAUCAAAGUCUAAUGGUUUCGUUUUGUGUAAAGAUGAUGAUGAUGUCAUGGCCCAAGACGGAUGCUUUCGCUUCCGCAAAGGGACCUUGACGGACCCUUGGAAGAAAGAGCGCGAGAUGCAAACGAUGGAUCCAGACGAUUUAAUACGAAACGAGCAAUUGGUGGAAAAGAUAAGAGAAGGAGAGAUGAAGCAACGAAAACCGACGUCGCGAGAUGUAGAGGAUAUGAGACGCGCGAGAGACGCGUUCGAUGCGUUCGACGCUUCGGAGCGGAAGGAGAGAGAGGAAAAGCGAGCGAGGUUGAGGACGAGAGUUUCGAGUAAUAACAGAAUUAGUGGCGUGAAAGCUCGCGUGGGUGGAAUGAGGGAAGCGCCAAAGCCGCAUAAGUCGGUUCCGUUCAGAGCGGUCGACGGAUUUAUGUUCGGGCAGCUCGCGUUGGCGGCGUACGCGUUUCGAAAGACGAGAGCGCCGUUCGCUGCGAGUCUCUCAGCGCUCGCGUUUUCGGGAACCGCGAGAGCAUUGUUCACCGAAAACUGGCGAAUAGUUCUCUUCUCGGGCAUCCUCGGCGCAUUCUUCGGCUUAUUUUUCUUGAGCAUGCCAAUCGUAGAAAAACUGGUCGACGAAAGCGUAGCUAAAGAUCUCGAAGACGACGGGAUCGACGACGACGAUUCAGACGACGACGGAGAGGACGACGAAGAAAGCGCCGCAAAGGAGAACAAGGGAGUACACAAAAUCGCAACGUACCGGCAAAACUUUGUCCAAAAGAACGGCGUCUUUGUCGGUAAGUACAGUUCUUCUCGUCGCAAUAAAACGAGCACUAGCGAUAGCGGUAGUAGUAAUAGUACUAGUACUCUCCAACGCGUAUUCGCGUGGAUGUUUUAA